GCAGCAUCCAAGACCGGUACGCCACCGUCGCAGUCGUCCUAUACCUAUUUACAAUCCGGUUUUAAUUUAACAGAAAAAUGAACUUCAACGAAAGGAUGCGUCAAUCGAAAGAAGAAAACCAGCAGCAAAAGAAUUUGAUGCCUGCAGCAUCUACCUCUUCGUACAAGGCCCCUUCUCCGCGACGCAAGGUUAUUUCACCCUAUCCUUCCCAUAAACCUUCCCCUUCCUCUUCAUCUAGUUCUUCUUCAUCUAUUCUGUUGUCUCUAUUGGCGCACAAAUCAGCAAGUGGCUCUGCAUCCUUCAUCCACAGGAUCGGAGCCGUCACUAUUGUCCCACGUCUUUCGAUGCAACUCCAAUCACACGAACUUAUUCUGGCCAGCGCCCGGUAUCAACAACAGCUAGCUCGUGUAUAA